CAACAUUUUUAUUUCCCGUUUAGUUUUCAAUUUGAAUCACUUUCCACUUUUAAGUAGCAAAAUAAAAUGUAAGUUGACGUCCAAACAAGCACUUACAUUUUGAAAUAGAGAGAGACCUUCGAAAGCAAAUGAGAACUUUCCCAAUGGGGUUUUUUUUUUGAAAAUUUCAGAUUGCUUUUUUAUUUUUAUUAUCAUAUUGAGUAAUUGAUUAAUUACAUGACUUAACUGGAGUUAGAUUAGGGUUAGGAAUGUAUUAAAUUAAAGAACAUUUGGCAUCAUUUUAGAUGGUGUCACAUAGACUGGCACACAAGUGUGUUACCGAAGACCCAGAGCCCGUCCGAUAUGGCCAAUAUUUCCAGAUUCCAAACCUUUCCAAUUACUACUACAAUUAUUGUUAGACCAAUUACUAUACUACCUUAAAAUCCCCGCUCCAAUUCUCAUUUCUUAUCGUUUCCUUAAUGACUGUUUUUAGUCUGAACACGAACUAACCUCCAAUUCAACUAAAGUAAUAUUUUAAAUCGUUUCUCCAACAUAUAAUAGUAUCAAGUUUGUUCCUGAUUAGUGAUCACUUGCAGCAGAAAAGCAAAUUCAACGACAAGUUCAAUGGAGAGAAUACUUCACAGAAAUGUCCAUGUGAACGGAAUCAAUAUGCACGUGGCAGAAGUCGGCGACGGCCCCGCCGUCUUAUUCCUCCACGGCUUCCCGGAGCUCUGGUACUCAUGGCGCCACCAGAUGCUUUACCUCUCCGAAAAAGGCUACCGGUGUAUUGCCCCUGACCUCCGGGGGUUCGGAGACACCGACGCUCCGCCGUCCCCCUCCAGCUACACCGCCUUCCACAUCGUGGGGGACUUAGUGGGACUUCUCGACUUGCUGAGAUUGGAUAGGGUAUUCCUCGUUGCCCACGAUUGGGGAGCCGUAAUAGCUUGGUACUUUUGCUUGCUUCGAUUCGAUAGGAUCAAGGCUCUGGUUAAUAUGAGCGUGGUGUUCACUCCCAGAAGUCCUAAUCGGAAGCCUUUGGAAGCCAUGCGUGCUCGCUUUGGAGAUGAUUACUAUAUCUGCAGAUUUCAGAAACCUGGAGAAGCCGAAGAGGAGUUUGCUCGUGUUGGUACAGCAGCGAUUAUCAAGAGAUUUAUGACUUCUCGAAGACCAGGUCCGUUGUGUGUUCCCAAAGGAGGGUUUGGGCGCUCACCUCAGAUGCCUAUGAUAUUGCCAUCUUGGUUAACUGAAGAGGAUGUCAAUUAUUAUGCCAGUAAAUUCAGCGAAACGGGGUUCACCGGUGGAUUGAACUACUACCGAGCUAUGGAUCUGAACUGGGAGCUCACAGCUCCUUUGGCUGGGUUGCCAGUUAAGGUUCCAGUCAAGUUUAUAGUGGGAGAUGUCGACACAACUUAUACCACACCGGGUGUGAAGGAAUAUAUCCAGAAAGGAGGCUUCAAAAGAGAUGUGCCCUUCUUGCAGGAGUUGGUCAUUAUGGAGGGGGUGGCUCACUUUCUUAACCAAGAAAAACCAGACGAAGUAAAUGCCCACAUAUAUGAAUUUAUUCAAAAGUUUUAACUUCCAACAAAAAGGUCCAUAUUUCUGCAUCUCUUUCUUGUAAUCUUUCUCAUUCUUGGAAUCUUAUUUCUGUAAUAUCUUUGGGAGUUGUUGUGCCCACCCCAAGAUAAAUAAUGUGUUGAAAUUCCCAAAUGUAUCGGCUACAAAACCAACAUAUUUAUUUUUGGUGCUGUGAUAUUCAGAAUUCAUGUAACAGUUUGAAAUUCAUACAUCAAUGGUUUUACUUCCCCAGCUGAAACAUGGAACUCGGGGAGAAACCUUAUUCUUAUUUAUUUUUGGUUUAUAGAAACCAUAGUCUUUGAAGUGGAAUAUAGGAUGAAAGAAAAUGAUCAAAACUUGCUAAUAAAAUCAUAGAUUUCAGUGUUGCAGAUAUCAGGCUUCUCUUGCUGUAUGAAAUGAGCAGCUCCUUUAACGACAACCACUUUUUCCAAGCCGGGAACGUCUUUCUUGAAUCCUCCAUUGUUUAUGUAAUCUUGGAUUCCAGGUAUGUAAUAGCUAAGAUCCGUAUCACCCACCACAAAUCUCACAGGCACAUGUAUCUUCGAUCUUACCCAUGCUUGUGAAAGCUCCCAGUUCCUGAAACACCACCAUCAUCAUCAAUAAGUGUACAAACUUUGUAACUGAAGUGUGGUAGAUUCACCGCAAGACAAAGGAAAUAACCCUUCCUGAUUUCUCCGUGACUGGGUAGGAUUUAGAACUGAGGCAAUCACAUGGAUGAAAUUUAUGGAUAAAAGAGUUCUUACAGAUCGAUGGCUCGAUAGAAGUUGAGUCCUCCGGUGAGGCCAUUCCUACCGAGUUUGGUGGCGAAGUAAUUGACAUCUUCCUGGGUGAGCCAAUCUGGGAAGGGCAACGUUUUGGCAGCCUGAGCCAACGACGCAACUGCGCCUUUAGGGAGACGAAAUAUUCCGGUAUCUCGAGUCAGGUAAAUUGCUUUCAGAUAAUCUGCAAGAUCAACCUUUUCAAGCUCCUUCUCCACUUCUCCUGGUGCCUGAACCAAACGUAUUUAAUUCAGUGUUUCAUAUUUCCACCAUUAACCCAAACCCAAAAAAUGAAAAAACAAAGGAAAAAAAAACCAAUAUACCUGAAACCUGACAACGUAGUAAUCGUCCCCGAACCUCUCUCUCAUUUCCUCCACCGGCUUCUUUGCCGGAUCCAAGGGGUCGAAAUAGUGAAGAACAACGCUGAAGUUGACCAGAGCCUUAAUUCGGUCGGGCCGGAACCAGCAAAAGUACCACGCGAUGAGGGCACCCCAAUCGUGUCCCACCAAGAAAAUUCUGUCCAGGCCCAGGCUGUCUAGAAGGGCCACAAGAUCCCCGACGAUAUGGAACGCCGUGUAUUUGGCAGCUCCGGUAGGCGCGUCACUGUCACCGUAUCCGCGGAGGUCCGGAGCAAUUGCCCGGUAGCCCUUGGAAGCGAGAUACACCAUCUGGUGACGCCAUGAGUACCAUAGCUCCGGGAAACCAUGUAGAAAUAGCACCGCCGGGCCUUCACCGAUCUCGGCAACGUGCAAAUUUAUGCCAUUUACUGGUAGAAUUUGUUGCUUGAUGUCCUCCAUCUGAUGAACUUAAUCAGUAUCGAUUCGAAUUGGUUUCCAGAAUGGUCUUCUUCUGAAGAACUUGGCCAUUUUAUCUGCUGUCGUAUGGUUUUAUAGUGGUGCUGUUAAUCAUAAAUUGACAAUUUGUUGGUGGAUUUCUUGGUAUGUGAAGUUGAUUCUUGAGGUAACUGCCAAAACUUUACAAAAAUCACACCGGAAAAAAUCUUUACAUAUGAUGUAAUACAUAUUCUAGCAAUGUAAAAAAACGUUGUUUGACAACAAUAUGCACUUGUUUGGUCGAAAAUGACAAAGGAUUUUGUGUCGUUUAAGUAAUAAUAAUGUCUGGUGUUGGAGUUUCGUGAAAGGAAAGAAUAAUGUUGGAGUUCCGCUUAAAAAUACAGGAAAACAAAAUGGAUGCGGUUGUACGUAUUGCUACUAAACGCUAUGAAAUUCUUUCUCCAUCAUAUGUCAAUCUACACUUAGAUUUCGUUUUUGUUGAUAAUUCUUCAUUGUAUGUUUUGAGUCGUAAAUUUGGUACCCCAUUGUUGUGUCUAAUUAAUGAGGCGGCACAGACAUCUAAUUCAACAGUUUUCUCUUGACGAUUUCACAAAAGUGUUUUCACAUGAAAAUAUU